AUGACCACCGAAAUAGUAAAGAAGCAGCCGUCGAGAGAGGAAGCUUCACUAGACGGCGAAGGAGUGGACGUCGUCAUCAACGGUUCCGAUCUUCCGCAAGUGAUUUGUGCUGCGUCCCUUGCGGGCCUGGGGUAUAAGGUGCUUCUUCUGGAGCCGAGCGAGACGUACGGCGGCUGCACGAGCGGACCACUUUCUGCAGCGCUGCUCUUUGGGGAUCUUGACUCGGCCACGGAUAACAAACAUCUCAAGGGCCCUGUACGCGUCGUAGCGAAUGGCGGGAACCGGCUGACGGAGCUGCGAAGCCAAGCGCUUGCAAACGCCUCCGCCUUUGUCCUCGAGUUGCAGCCGCGCUUCUAUUUCGCGGCUGAUGCCUUCCUGGACCUUCUCGUCGGCAGUGGGGCGGCUUCGUACCUGUUUUUCCAGCCAGUAGACAGCUUGUUCUGGUUGCAGGCUUCAAGUAACACGGUUGCAGACACUGUCGUUAUCGACGUGCCGUGCACCAAGGCCGCCAUAGCGCGCUCCCAUGACCUCGGACUGACGGAGAAGCGCCUGCUCAUGCGUUGCCUGCGCUCAUGUUUUGUACUGAGUUCCGCGGCGACCGAGUACGAUCCGCAUAGCCCUGCAAUGGAUAUAACUGAUGAGGAGCGACGAGAAAUGAACCGGCGUUGGUCCGCGGCGGGAGACUCGGCCACGUUGCUUCAGCAACUCGAAGAAGCGUUCGCGUCGGCGCCCUCAGACCAACAAUGGAAACGCGUUGCGGCGCUAGUACAUGAUAUCUACGCUUGGGGCAUCGAGGACAUGCCGACGGCUCCCGCGACCUGGCGAUGCAGUAUCGACCGCCUGGAGCGCUUCAUUCAAUCCGUCAUGCGCUUCCACGCUGCAACGCCGUUUCUCUGCUGCAAGUACGGGAGCAAUGAGAUCAUUCAGGCGUUCGCGCGCAGAUGCGCUGUCAAGGGUGGCAUCCUUGCAAUGGACCGAAGCAUUAUGGCUUCAGCGGCUUGCGAUGCGGAGCAGGGUCCAGACGAGAAUGGCGCUGGGUUCGUAGUAGAGACGAAUCACGGUGAAAGAAUUUUCUGCAGGAUCGGAGUCAUCUCACCACAGCACGAUUCAAAUAUCCAUGUAGACGCGAAACUGGUACUUCGCUUCGCCGGGCUCACGAGCGAAGCGCUGCGACUUGGCGAACCAGGGCGUACGAAUCGCGCUGCCACUGGCCACGCGUUUUUCAUCGCUCGAUUCAACGAGGGCGCGCUCGCCGCAGCGUCAUCGUAUUCGUCUGCCACGCUGUAUAUCUGGCAAAUCAGUUCUGCGGCGGGUAUCUGUAUGCCUGGCUAUUAUGUGGUCUAUGCGGAAUGUGAUCUGCAGCGGUUGCCUCGUCAGCAGGUUGCAAAUACCGAGUCGACAGCAUCCGCUCUGCACACCUUCCGGGGCAUGGUGGCGCACGUGCUUCGCUGCAUCGCGCCCGCCGCGUGCGAGGCGUGCGAUGACGACGUGGCCGUGCUCGAAAGCGUGUUUGCAGCAUAUGCCUUUUACGAGGCUCCCGCACCACCGUCUGGAUUUUCCGUUCAAACACGUGAUGGCUCAGCGAACGUGUCGGUUCCGUACUCGUACGCUCGGAUGGACAGGAUCCCGCACGCCAUCCGUCAAAUCCUGGAGCAUAUCGUAGGCGACGACCAAAGAGCAGCAUCAUCCUUGGAUGUGUUCUUUGGUAUAUCGCCGCCACCAGAGGGCUCCUCGUGA